AUGGGAAGGGUCUGCGAACAACCAAACUGCCCCGAACAACCCAGCAACGGCAUUGAGGGGAGCCGUAGGCGGCAAUUCUGCUCUAGACACGCUAUAGAAGGAAUGGUCGAUAUCUGUUCGAAGCAUCCUUCGUUCGGUGUCAAACGGAGCGGUAGGCGGCAGUUCUGCGCCAGACACGCUGCGGACGGGAUGGUCGAUGUCUCCAGCAAAAGGUGUCGCCAGGAAGGCUGUUCGAAGUAUCCUUCGUUCGGCGUCAAGGGGAGCGGCAGGCGGCAGGAAGGCUGUUCGAAGUAUCCUUCGUUCGGCGUCAAGGGGAGUGGCAAGCGGAUGUUUUGUUCUCGGCACGCUGAGGAUGGGAUGAUGGAUAUCGCCAACAAGAGGUGCACCCAGGGACUGCCUGAAGGAUGCGAGCUAUGGCGUGGACGGCACCGGGAAACGAGAAUUCUGCUCCGAACAUGCGUUAGAGGGAAUGGCUGAUAUCACCGGGAAGAGAUGCGAUCGUGGCGAAUGCCAUAAAUCACCGACGCACGGAGUG